UCAGAUCCAGACUUGACUGAUAUUGACUCUUACACCCGAAUCACCUCCAGACUCAGGAGGUGUGCUGUUGUCAGUUCAGCUCUCUGCUAGCAAAAAAUACAAGAUUGAGCAAGCUGGUGCUGAGAACAAAUGACUGCAUAGGACAGGUCUCUUCUGCUCACAUGAAUGAAGCGGGGUCAAAGAGAAAGCGUCAGCUGACAUUGUUUGACUACUUGACACACUUUUCGCAAGAUCCGUCCCAGGACGUGCUCAAUCUGACGAAAGCCAGACUUGCAGACACUUUGGAGCACCGAGCAGCCGACAGAAUAGGCCCUGAACAGGCUCUAGCUCGCAAGCUUCGCUUAGCGAAAUGGCAAUUGCCCUCGGCUGAUUCAUAUCUACAGCACACCGCCAAAGAGAGUGUUGUGCAACUGCCAGACAGGUUUGUUUCUGGUCUGCCGGAUGAUGCGCUGCUAAAUGCUAUCCACUGCGCCACCGCGCACCUAUACACUGCAUCUUCUACUCAGCAGAAUCUUCCUGAGGCUGGUAUCAUGGAGGAAACAGCUAUGCUUGCGAUGGGCAUUGCUACAGAGCUCUAUGCCUCUCAUUUAGUCUCUACACAAAGGCGCAAGCGGGCAUCAUCAAAGACCGCUAAUGCUGAGCGAGUUGAAACACCUCAACCUGCUCUCUCGAUACAGCUACCCGUCAGCCCGCUUGAGGAAGGCACAUCAGAAAAAUCCAUCAGUUACUCAGGGAGUCCCCGGACUGUCUUUCGACCAUCCGCUACUAACUCAAGUAGCCCUGAAAGAGAUUUUGAUGAGAGUGUCGAUGCGAAAACAAUACUCCAUUCGAGUACGAGGCCACAAUCUUCUCUUACAGGUGCUUCGGAAGAUUAUACCGUCGAAUUGUCGCAAGGCGGUCCAUCGCUACCUCUUACCGACCGCCACACUGCGAGAGCAAAGAAGAGGAAACGCCAGACAGGCUUUUGAUGAUAGCAUUUUCGCGGCUCUCGUUGUACCUUACUGAGAAGCAAAGAUGCAUCAGAACACGAGAGUCUCGUCCAAUUCGCGAUUCUCUGCAUCAUCUCUGUCCCCAUCUUCGGAAGCACUUUCAACUCCAUUCUCAUCCAGCGCCACCAUUCGAAAUUCUACAAAGGCGUUGCGAUUGUCACCAACAUCAAUCAUGAAUUGGAUUGCCAUUGUACCGACAUCGUCAGUACGGAUGCUGACACGUGUUGAUAGGUUCAUGGCCUUGAGACACGUUCUGAGUGUCAGCAGGGCUCGAUUGUUGAGGAGCUUACUUGAUCAUGCCGAAGCGAUAUACAUGUUUGACGUCGUCUGCACAAGAAAACGUUUCUAGCACUUGCUUGUCAUUUGGAUAAUCGAGUUGCGCCUCACCAAGAAUGCCUUUAACUGCUAGCCUCAGGAAUGGUUGUCGAGG